CGUUCAGUGGUGACGGUUGUGUCGUGUUUUCUUUUGUGUCACCAGCGUUCCGUGAUUCGUCACCGAUGCAGCGCCCAUCGAGAUGAGCGCACUCCGCGCCCCGCCCCCACCCCGCGCCUCUUUCUGUCUCGCUCGCACACACCCUCUCACUUUCACCCCCUAUCUCUCCUCCUCCGGCCAGGAUGCCUGAACGCGCUCCAGGCCUGCGCCCGCGCAGCAUAUGGACGCAUUUGUACUUCUUAUUUCUUAUUGGCUUAUCCCCCGGUGGUGGCAUCGAAUGGAGUAGCUCCGAGCGAUCACCGGCUCCAGCACCACCCAACCUCGAGGUGGAUGCCGCUGAACUAGUCCGUGAUGCCCCCCUCUAUCCCCCACUUCAAGACACACCCGAGGACCUUUACGAAGGUCCAGACAAAAGUGAACUUUCCUACAACGACUUAGAAACCAGUAUAGAAGAGAAUAGAUUACUUGUUACACCUGAAGAUUUGGGUAAUAUUGAGACUGAUGACGAAACUAAGGUACAAAGUGGGGGGGAGGUAGAUGUUGCAAUAGGUAGUGGUAGUGAGGAGAGAACAAAGAGGAGUAGUGGACAGGAGUGGGAGAGAUCUUCAAAGCCAAGCAAUAAUCGCCGUGUAAAAACUGGUGAUACAAUACUCAACAUACGAGGGGCGGUCCGGGAUGCCAUUGGUGAUGCUGGUGCAGCACCAGGUCCUCGUGCAUCAUCCAGGGUUGAUACCUUCGUCAUAAGACCAGCACAGGAGCAUGCACAUCGGAUGCCAGUCCACGAUCAACCUCGAGCCCAACCGUCCAUAAGUCAGGUACCGAAGAAUGAACGAGAUAUAUUAGUAGAAGCACACUCACGGGCACGUAUACCGUGCGAUCUGAUUAACAUUACUAACCUUCGAUGGUAUAAGGACAAUGAGCAAAUGAACGUGCCAUCAUCAUCUGGUAAUGGAGGUGGUGAAGCUAUGUGGAAAGAUGGAGAAACUCUCGUAGUGGGGAGAGCGACACGUGGUGAUUCUGGCGCUUGGAGAUGUGCAGGAGUUGACAAAGCAGGGAAAACAAUAUCCGGGAAACCUACGCGAUUACUUAUUUACGAGCCCGUCCGGUCUGUCUAUCUGGCAGUCGAUGGUAGAAGAUUAGAUGCUGGCAAUACUUGGGUGCCUGUCAGAGACAAGACUGUUCUAGAAGUGAGAUGCGUCGCUGAAGGCGGAGUACCGCCGCCUGAUCUCUCAUGGAGGCUGCUAGCUUUAGAGCCAACGUUGGAUCACCGUCCGUAUCUACGAAUAUAUCACACAAAUUAUUCAAUAGAGGGUAUGUCUUCAUCUCACGUCGUAGUAACCGCAGCUAGGGAGUUGCAUAAUGCAACAUUACAAUGCGAAGCCCGACAGAGAAGUCCAAUAUUAUCUGUUGCCUCAAUACCAGCAAAUCCCACGCCAGCAUCAGAUCCUAUAACCGCUAAAUUAGAAAUACAUGUAACUUAUCCUCCAUCUUUUGUUAUAUCACGAUGGCCCGGAUUUGGUAUAUCCUUAUCCGCUGGAGGUGCUGCUGCUUUGCGAUGUGAUGUUGAUGCCAAUCCACCUGCUAGAGCUUGGUGGUUGCGAGAUGAUGCUGAUCCUACAAGUUCUCCACCACCGUUAGAAGCUGGCGACGAGACAGCCCGUGGUUCAGCCACACUUCGAUGGGCGACAUUACGUGCAACCCAUGCUGGAUGGUAUCGCUGUCGGGCCACUUGGCUUGAUGCUGAAUACUCAUCUAUAGGAUAUUAUCUAAAUGUUUUAGCAGCUGAAGAAAAUAUAGAAACAGCUACCGAACCUGAUGCUGAGGCUGAGGAGCCUGACCAUCAGAAGGUGGAUGUUCCUCUUGGUGGAAAUGUUCAACUGCACUGUCCUAAAGGCAGUGUAGGGUGCUGGUGGAGACGAGUUGUGGGGAAUUCAAGUGAAACGUGGGCACCAGCUGGCUCUCAACACGCUCACGGUGUCUUAGGUAUAAAAGAUGCUCUUUAUCAAGAGGGAGGCGAGUACCGAUGUGUCGGUACCCGUGCGCCUGACCUCAAGCGAUUGCGUGAACUGAAAAGAGUUACUUUAAGAGUAACGGGUGGGGCGACUGCAACAGCCUUAAGUGCAGAGCCAGCAGCAGGAGGCUGGCGUCUCGAAUGUGGUGCUUGCGGUAGAGGAGUUCGUGUAAUUUGGCUCCGAGCAGGUAUCGCAACUCGCGCAUCCCUCAAUCCAGAUCUAGCCCAACACUGCUGGAGAGCAGUCCUGCACGUCGCAGAACCUGAUGAGGUUUGGUGCGUAGCUGCAACCACUGGAGCAGGUGCUGUUGCUGUGUUUCCUCGUCGAGCACCGCUCCCAUCACCUGCUCCAGCAAGGCACACAGUCCGUGCAUUGCACGAUGAUGCAGUAUCACUUCACCCUCAGUUACUCCUACUUCUAUCUGCGCUAUUACUUCGUUGAGAACUCACGUCUUUGACAGUGGUUUUAAUCGAGAAUAUUAUAGGUGAGUCGAAUUCGCAUUUCUCAGAACAACGAUUGAUAUCGAAUUCCUAUUAUCUGUUGAAUGAGACACGUUAUCAUUCAAUAUAAAGAGGAUCUUUUAUAUUCUUUUAACUUUUCCUCCAUUGUUGAUCCCUGUGUCACCUUCAAAUGUUUUAUUAAUGAAUUCUAUAAAAAGCAAAGUAUAAAAUAUCAUCCUCUUUAUAUUAUUUGAUGUAUUUUCUUACUAAUCAAGUGUCUGAUAAAUAUCUGUCGGAUAGACGUUAUAUUAUUAAUAUAUUAAGACAGCCUGCUGUCUAUACUUUAGACUUCGUAGUACUCUACCGUAAUUUGUUAUACUAGUGUACCUACUUAUCUCUUAAUAUUGCGGUGUUCGUUGCGAUAUUACCAAUGCUGAUUCAGUAUUAAUAGUAUGUAAACCGCCAUUUAUAUUUAUAAUAAUAUUAUUAAUAAGAAAUGUAAUACAGUAAUAUUAAUGAAUACGACUAUAAAAGUGUAACUUAAUAUUAGAACAUUGAAAUUGUUUCCAAAUAAUGUAACAAUGUUUCAUUCAAAUAAUACCUUGUUUGUUUAUGUAUAAGUCUUCUUUUAUUUACAAUUUUGUUUAAUAUUAUUGUAAUUUCAAUAUAAAAAUCGCAGCGAACAUAUUUUCCUGUCCUUCUAUUUAUUUCCCUAAUAUUCCAAUUUCCUUGUUAUUUAUUUUAUAGUGAAUAUUUAAGAAAACAGGAAGCGAUCGUGCCAAAUUGUUGAUAUUUUAAAAUAGAUUUUUAUUAUAUUGGAUUAAAAUAUGAUUUUAAGUUUAUAGCGUAUUGAUAUGUGAAGAUUUGUGUAAUGUGAACACCAAUUGAAAUUUAGUAUUAUAUGAUAAAAAUGUAAGUUUGGAUGGGUCUAAUGCUAGUGUUACAGCCAACCCAUCACGGUAUUUACAUUUUAAUGAUUGAGAAACAGUUAAAUUUAAUAUUAACUAUAAAAACCCUAAAUGUAUUGGAGACGAUUAAGUAAAUGAUGUCGUUGUUAAAUAUAAAUACCGUGAUUAAAAUCCAAACUAAGCAUAUAUUUUAUAUAUAGAUGUCAAAUUCUUAAUAAAUAAAUAAAUAUAAACAUUAUGUAUCAUAGCUUAAACUGAAUCAUGUAAAUUUCGAUGUCAAUUUUAGAUGCCCGUUUAGAUCGGGCGAAGUUUUGUAUGAAUGACAUUUGCUACCACAAUUUUUGCAACAAUCUUUUUAGUGCAUAAGUGUAAAUUUUAUCUCAUGUUUGAUGUUAAAAUGUUAUCGGUGGUUAGUUUUCUAUUAGAUUGCGUUUUUAUUUACUUUAUCACCAUGUCCUUUAACAUCAUCUUAUAUUUUCUGUAGUUUUAUAUUAGAAGUGUAAAGUUGUGCGUUUCCAUAAAUCAGUUAAUUAUAUUUGUUACUUUAAAUGCAUACAUGACUAAAAAUUAAGAAAUAAAUAACCUUUUAAAGGUCGCAGAUAAAAUGAUUGACAAAAUUAAUCCAACGCUUUCCUUUGUUACUAUUAUUAAACAUUUCAUAUAUAUAAAUUAUUUUACAGUUGCAAACUAAAACGAGAAUAUAAUAAAAAAUAUUAUACCAUGAUUGAUGGAAACGCACGAGUACGAGUCGUUGUUGUUGUUAAGAAUUGUGAUAACAGAAGAGGCGCGGGAGCGUCGCGGGCCGAGAGUUUAUCAUGAGAAUUUAACCAUAAAUCGUUAGUUUAAUUAGAUGGUAGUGAGAUGUAUUUUUGUAUAUCUAAACGUAUGGUCAAUUGUACAAUGAUUUUUCGAAAAAGUGUAUAUUGAUACAAAGUUUUGUUUAAGUACCUGGAUAUGUGGAAGUAAUAAUCCGUCCAAUGCGGAAUUCGUAGAUAGAUAAGGAGCUACGUAGAUCCCUCUGACUACCGGCGUUUUCAUUCUCCAUCAUUCCUAUGGAUUUCAUCAAAUCACAUUAGAUAAAAAACCUCUAGCAUUCCUCUUUUUAAUAUACCUUUUAUAAUUUUCUAAAUCCUAUAGUAAUGUAUUUUUUUAAUUUCAAACAUUAACAUUUUUAGAAAUAUCUUAGAAUUUCCAAAACUUCCCUUAGGUACGUCAUCAAAAUACAUUAUUAGAAUUGUAUUAGAAAUCCCAAUAACGAGAUCUUUUUAUACUAACAAUGCUAUACUAUCACUUCCUUCUUAUAGUUAUUUAUUUUGAGUAUUCUUCAUGUUUACUUCUUCAAUUUGUCUGAAUAUUUGGAGCCUUUGCUCACGAGUAUAUUACGCCGUCGUGUGUGAUCACUAUACCUUACAACAAUUAUUGUUCCACUUUCUUUUUCUUUCUAAGUAUUUUUCGUAGAAACUUCUAAAUUAAGUUCUUCUUCUAAAUUCUUAGUACAUCUAUCGUAUUCUUCUACUUUAUUAUUGAAAUUCGAACGUAGUUUACAUUGCAAUUUGGAAUUUGUACCAGUAAUUAAAUUAAAUAAUACAUUUUUGAAUCUAUUUAUUAUAUUAAAUGUGUGUGUACAGGGUUGUUUGCCCAAAUAUUCACUACAUUAGCACAGUGUAAGUAAAAAUAAUAGAAAAUGUUCUAAUCAUAUAUAACACAAUAUUAUUAUAAUAUAUCCGCCUUUUUGUACAAUAUUUAAAUGAAUAAACUUCUUCUGUACUAGUUUGGAGUUCAGAUAAAUUUCUUUUUAAUUUCUUCAAUCUUUUAUAACAGUAUUUAUUCUAUUUGCUUUCCUUUCAUAUAUAGUUGAUAUUUCUUUUGUUUUUGCUUACACUGUGAUUGAAAGCUCCGCGGCCCCCGCACCUCCUUUAAAUUUAAUUGAACGAUAUAAUACCAUUCGUGUUUCAUAAUCAAUAUGUUUGCCAUUAUUAUCGUUUUUUCUUCAUUAAAAACUAUAAAGUUCUCAAUUUUACUGUCUUUUUAUGGUUAUAAUAACUAUUCCAAUUCUAAACCAAUCGAAAUUAUUUUAUUAUUAUCUGAAUAGUUUACUUUUGUAUUGAUUUUAUGUCUACCAAAUCUAACAGGUCUGAAGUCUAUUUCUGGAUGAAGUUUUGAACUGUUUAAACCUGUAAAAUAUUCAUAAAUUUAUAUCAAAUUAUAGACUAACAUAACUUACUUUAAAUUUACAAAAUUUAACUUGUCAUUAAUGAGUAUUAUUUUUUAAUUAAUUCCAAUAUUUGAUACCAGUGACAUAUGAAAAGUCGAUUCUAAAAUUCAAUUUGUCACCUUCGGUAGAUGAAUAUUUAAUAGUACAAGGUGUACAGUAAAGCAAAUACAUUUUCAUCAAUUCAGUAAAUAAAGCACCUGAAAUGAAAAUAACAAAUGUCUACAACAACCCCUCAAAAAUACUAUGAAUAAGUAAUCAGUGUUGAAAGAUUAUAUGUGGUCAUAACUUUACAAUAGAAAUAAUUGUUCUUUCAACUCUUUUUGAGAAAUUAAAUAGAAAACGAUAAUUUAAGUGACUCUUUGUAACGUCCUUACUAAUAUUAUAAACGCGAAAGUUUGUACGUAUGGAUGUUUGUUACUCUUUCACGCAAAAAUUACUGAAUAGAUUUCAAUUAUGCUUUGCCAUAAUAUAGCUUCUAAAUUAAAAUAAAACGUAGGCUCUAAAUUAUGAGGAUAUUGAGUGAAUAAUCCAAAAUAUAACAAUAUGUCAAGUAACUAGGAAAAAAAUCAUCCAUCUGCGAGCUAUUCUGUCGUGCGUCUGUUACGCCUUUACGACUAAACCGCAGAACCAAUUUUAAUGAAUUUUGGUAUAAAGAUAGAUAGGCCACUAUAUAAGAAAAUAAGUCGCAGCUAGUACUAUAAAAUUCAUUAAUAUCGUCUUUAUUAUCUGUUGCAACAUUUAAUAUAUUUGUUCGGGUAAUUAUUACAACUCAAUUAGUUGUACUGAAAUUUUGUAUACAAGUAUAAUUUGGUUUUCAAACAAUUUUAUUAAUCAAAUUACCGUCCAAUUCGUCUACAUACUUCAAUUGAAAAGAGUUAGUAAUAAACUCAACUAUUACAUUUUUCUGUUGUAAAUUAACAGCCCUAUUUUUAAACUUACGUAUUUCGUACAUUUUAUAGACAUUGUUACAUUGAGAGAGGUUUAUCUUGAUUUACCACAAUAUUAUUUAUGUUAAAACCCGUUUAUUUGACUUUAUUAGUUUUUGUUUUUUUAAUUCGCGAGUCAAAUACUAGGCAAACAUAUUGAUUGCGUAAUGCUAAAUAUAUUCAAUUGUAAAUCACUUGGUAAGUUUUGUAGCGUCCAUAUCGACACUACUGUGUCGCAUCUCGGUGCCAAAUACAUAAUUUAAUAGAUCAUAAUAUAUAUAUAUUUACAUUUAUUAAUAUACAUUAUUGUUUACUUUGAUAUUGAAUGUACAGAAACCAUAUAUUCAUUCAACAUGUGUUUAUGGAAACUCGUAU